CUCCUUUGACAUACAUAUAUAAUGAACUUCUGAAUUACAGACACACAGUGUGGAUGAAGUCUGCAUUGACUGUAAGCGUCGCAAGGGUUCAUGUAGCGCGUAGGUCAACAGGAGAGGUUUACCAGCACAAACAGAGAAAAUACUAUUAGCAGGAUUCGUGACUGUAACAGAAAGGCACGUUACAAGCUAGCUAAUGGUAGCUAAGAUAAACGUUAUCUGAUAUUAGCAGUGAUCCAUCAGCUAGAUAAAACGCUUAGGUACACGUUUUGGAAACGUUAAAGUAAAGGUUGUUUGGGGAAAAGCUGAGAAAGAAAGAAAUACAUCGAGAACCUUCUGGUGUGCUUUAGAUAUUAUUGAUGGACUUCAUUGCUGGAUGCUUAGGAGGUGCGGCUGGAGUGUUGGUUGGACACCCAUUUGACACAGUAAAGGUAAGACUGCAGGUCCAGAGUGCUGAUAAACCUCUAUAUCGUGGGACUUUCCACUGCUUCCAGUCCAUCAUACGUCAGGAGUCGGUAUUUGGCUUGUAUAAAGGCAUUGGAUCCCCCAUCAUGGGCCUUACAUUCAUCAAUGCUAUAGUGUUUGGUGUUCAGGGAAAUACAAUGCGAUGGCUGGGGGAAGACACCCCAAGGAACCAGUUCCUUGCUGGUGCUACAGCGGGAGCCAUCCAGACUGUGGUCUGCUGCCCCAUGGAGCUGGCCAAAACCCGCAUGCAAAUGCAGGGUACAGGGGUAAAGACGGGCUAUAAAAAGAUGUAUAAGAACUCCUUUGACUGUUUGCUACGCAUUUACAAACACGAGGGUCUGCGAGGUGUAAACAGGGGCAUGGUUACUACACUUGUCCGUGAAACACCUGCCUUCGGGGUUUACUUCCUGUCGUAUGAUUUGCUGACUCGCAGCCUCGGCUGUGAGCCAGAUGCCCGCUUUUUGAUUCCCAAACUGCUCUUUGCUGGGGGUAUGGCAGGCGUCACGUGUUGGGUCUGCAACUAUCCCGUAGAUGUGAUCAAAUCACGACUCCAAGCAGAUGGGGUGGGUGGUGUGAACCAGUACAGCAGCAUUGCUGACUGUAUUCGGCAGAGUGUCAGAAAAGAGGGUUACAUGGUGUUUACUCGAGGCCUCACUCCCACACUGCUAAGAGCCUUCCCUGUGAAUGCUGCCACUUUUGCUACCGUCACCCUCUUCCUCAUGUACGCACAAGGUGAGGACAGAAGGCCUAAAGACUGUGAGCCGGCCCCGAUACAGACAGAGGACCAGACCCGGCCCACCAACCUGUAACAGCAUACAGUGCUCAUCCUAAACCCAGGCACUUUAGAAGAAUACACCAAAACAAAAUAUAUAUUCAAACUUUUUGUUACUCUGACUUGGUUUCGCAUCACAUCAGCCAUUCCUUGUUUUGAAUCCAAAUAUACUUAUACUUUAUAUCAGCACUUUUUAUUUUCUAUGGAGCAAAAAGGAGAGCAAAACAUCUUUACUUUUAGCAAUAAUUUAAGUUUAGUGUUUGCUUCUGUAGAUGCAGAAGUUGAUAUACCUCUAAUAAGGUGGGGGAAAUAGAAGCUGACAGAUUCAUGACAGCUUUUGAAAUGACCUCAUCCUUUGAAUUAUUUUGUAUAAAAGAAAAGGAUUUGUUACUUAGCCACAAACCUGUCAGUAUGGCUAGAUCGUGUGUAUGGUAUAGGCACUGGAAAUUAAUAUCUCUAUUUACAUAUAUCUUCAAAUUUGCAGCGUUUAUCUGGAUUUAAAUAUUCCAGAGAACCUUUUUUUAAUGUAGAUCUAAAGAAUUUCUCCUGCCUUAUAAAACGGGUUUUCUUUGUGUGAGGAAGCUAAAGCACAUGUUUGUACCUGAAGCGUAUCCUCUGAAGAUUUGGGUGAGUAACAGGGAGCCAAUGUAGCGUGUGAUAAGCGUGCACAACUUUUCACAUCUAAACUGCUUUCAAACCAAAAACCAUCACAGAUUCGGUCUCAUCCAUUGCACGAUUAGCCCGUGCAGCACACGCCAGUAUCGAUGCAAGCAAAAAGCAUCAGGUCUAACAGCUCUUCAGGGAUCGAACGAAAAACGUCUGGGUGUGAAUCGAGAUUGCGGUCGCCGUUUUUGUUUUUUUAAUUGUUUUGCCUGUGUGUGUUGUGUUCUUCCAAAUAAUAUCAAGUUUUAUUAUUGUUACUCACUGCUGUGUUAAAGGUCUAGUAUAAAACCUUGCAAUUUUGUUUGUCAUUAUCUUCUUUUUAAAGGUGAUUUUAAGUGUGUGCCUGAUAUUCAAGGCCAGAUAUUCAUGCUGGGGCACUUUAAAGAAAUCUGCAAAGAAUUGCAUUUCUGAAACCAACAAAUAACACAAGAUUGAGGAUGUUCGUGUGAAUGUGUUACUGCAGGCAUGCGGCUUCAUGUUUUACUCUAGGUCAGGGACAUCAAAAUCAUUUUACAUUUAGGGCCACACGCAGUCCACUUUCAUCUUAAAUGGGCCGGACAAGUGACACUCCACUUUCUGUUUAACUGCACAUUUAAUCUAUGAGAUAUAUUAAUAAGAAAUAAAGAAGUGCAAUUUCAACAGAACCUCUGUUUUUCUAAGUUAUAAAUGUGCAAAAUUACAGAAAACAUUCUGGUAGUUUACUGAACACACUGUACCGUAUUUAUAAAACCUAAAGCUUUUAUUGAUUAAUGAAAGUCUUUUUGUUUUAACUGAAAUUUCUAUAACAGGAACCUCUCUGUUAUUUAAUUGUUUAGCUAUUACUUAACUACUUUGGUAUAGUAUGAAUGACUGUGGGGGAGGUCUUUAUCAGCAGGAAAGGCUUAAAACGUAUAAAAAAAUAAAGUUAAUCCAAAAAUGUGCGCCCUUCGUGAUAGUUUCUAAAGUCAUCCAGAGACCAGCUGUCUUUGCUGGGCCAAUUUUAGGCCCCGGGCCUUAUGUUUGACACCCCUGCUCUAGGUGAUUUAUUGCACUUUGGUGUUCUUCUGACUUUGUCUUGUUUCAGGGAAAACAGAUCCAGAUUUCUUUAACCAGAACUGCCUUUGAGCUCUGGUGGUGUAACAUCCUUUGCUGAAUGAAGCAAACACAUUUAAAAGAAGAAAUUUUGGAUCAGUGUUCAUGUUUAAAUGUAAACGUUGCUAUGAAAUCGAGGUUUUCUUCUCAAUAAGGGGAUAUUUUUCUGUCAGUCCUGUCAGACUCCAAUCAAAGCUUUUUCAAGCUUUUAAGUUCUCACACUGGCAGCAAAUUAAACCCAACGUGUUUUGCAUUAAAACAAUCUACUUACCUGCAGCUGCACUAAUUCCACGUUUGUUGAAUGUAACACACCUGUUUUGAUGUGGAGGUCUUUUAUUUUAAGAGUUUAAGGACAAAAGUAUUUUGGAGGAAUCCUUCAGUGAUGCUUCACUUAAACAGAGUUGUGUUGUGUUGUGGUGGCAGUGAUGAAUGAAAGCAUGAUUGCCAUGUAUGCAAAAGUUGCUUUUGUUUAACUCUAUAUUCAACUUCUCAAACAGCGACUGUUAUCUGUGGCUACAAAGUACAUCUGAAGCAUAUUACAUGACAAAUAUUACAUUUAUUUAUUCCAGCUCUUUGAAAGAUGCAAUACUUACAGGAUAUAAUUCUGAUAAUGCAGGAUUGUUUUGAAGUGACUGGUUAAAUAUAUAUUAUAUGUUUUUUAUUCUAAAGUAAUAAUGCAGUGCAAUGCCUUGAAUGUCCACGUUUAAGUGUAAACUGUCUUUAAUCAGUUUAAGGCACCCGGUGUAUUUUCACAAAAAAACUGAGAUGUGAUAUUUUUGUCAUGCAGAACCUAUUUGUCUAUUUUGGCAAUAAAGAUCUGUACAACUGGGUAAAUAAAAAUAAUUU